CUAUUGGAACAUUAUAGCUAUUGCGUUACUUUGGAACAAGCAUAAGCCAAGUCAAAAGAGUUGCAAUGGCAUAAUGUGAUAUACAUAGGCAUAGGCAAGCAUAUGUACACACUUCUGAGCAUAAGCUGAGGAGAAAAGCGAAACAAAUGGCAUUGCGUAUACGGUAUCCCCAGGCAAGUUUUAUUAAAUACUCGAUAGCGUGAAGGGGUAACGAAACUUAGCUGUGAUAUUCACCACUUUAUUUUCAGAAACUACUUACUGAAGAUCAACUCGAAGGUCAGUUAUAAUGUCGAUCAUAUAAGUAAUUUGAUGUUUUCCCAUUCUAUUCAAUUUUCUUUAUAUACUCGGUUUUAUUCUUUUUUAUCAAUUUCCACAAUUUAAAUACAGCAAUACAAUCCUAAUAAAAAAAACCAACCCAAAUUCUGAAGCCGAUUACAGACAAGCAUUAUUAAAAAAAGGUCAUCAAGUUUAGAUUCCUGUCAGAUUAAGAUUAGAUAAGGUUUAGAUUAACAUUAUAUUAGGGUUAGAGUUGGGGGUUAGAUUAGGGUUAGGUUCAUUGUGUGCAAUAAGUUAUUGCAUACAAUCGGUUUACAAUUACAAUAGAUUACUGGUUACUGAAUAGUUUAUCAUAGAUGGAAAUUAUCGAGUGGAAAUUUAUAUACAUUUAUUACACCUAACCAGGAACAUCUGCGAAAAAUUUAACUUUUGGUCCUUGGCAGGAAUCGAACCUGGCUGGGGCCCUGCGAUUCCGGUGCAGCGCUCGAACCAACUGAGCUACAGAAGCCAGUUGUCUAAAUGUUUGAACCGAAGAUAAAUGUAUAUAAAUUUCCACUCGAUAAUUUCCAUCUACAAUAUCCUUCAAAUAUUAUUCAAUCGAGUGAGAUGCCAGUAAAAUCUUUAUCGUGGCGGUUGGAAAACAAAAAACUUUUCAUAGAAAAUUUGUUGUACGUAUACACACGUGUAGGCCCCGUUUACAUGAGACCGGAACGAGGUCAAACCGGGACCACUUCGAUUCGGUCAUAGUAUUAUUUAUAAUAGAUGUUUACAUGAGAUCGGGAUGAAAAUAACUCAGACCGAUCUCAAGUCAUUCCGCCUGCUGGACCGAGCCGACUGACUGAAGAGUUCAGUUCAGACCGGCACUGGAAUUCAGACCGGGAUGAAUGUAAACACAAAUACAUUUCAGACCGGUCUCGGCUGUAACCUUGAUAUUGGAACAACACAUGCUAACAAAAGCCAUCUGAAAAAGAAAAUUUCCUGGCAAGGGGAAUAAAUUGAAAAUUUUGUGAUUUUUGUACCAGUCUCAUGUAAACAUGUUCACAAUUUCAAUUUUCAUUCCGGUUUGACUUCGUCCCGGUUUCAUGUAAACGGGGCCUAAUUGAGGAAUAAAACUUGUCAUACGAAACCUCGUAGAAACCUUGCUCGUUUGUUAAUCAUAUCAUAAAAAAUCAAAUAGUCCAGUUUGCAUGUAUCUGAAAGUUUUAUCACCUUGCAGAAUUUCGUGAUGCUUUUGAUCUCUUUGACCGUGAUGGGAAUGGUAAAGUAUCAAGUGAUGAACUCGGUCCUUUAAUGAGGAGCCUCGGAUCUAAUCCACCGGACGAACAUUUACAAGACCUCAUUAACGAAGUCGAUUAUGAUGGUAUAUCAAUUAAGAUAUAAUUUGUAACAUUGGGCUGGUCUUAGGGACGGACCAUUAGAAAAGUGAUGGGGAGGGUGGGGAAAACAAAAAAUCCAUGCAAACAAAAAGGGUUUGAAAAAAAAUACAUGCAUCAGAGUUGUUUAAAAUGUGAGAAGAUACAUUAAAAAAAAAGCACAUACACAGCUCACAACCUGGAAAAAAAAAUGCAAACUUAAAAAUUUUAACCCCCCCCCCAUCACUUUUCUAAUGGUCCGUCCCUUACUAAACUAAACUAAGGACUGACCAUUAGAAAAGUGAUGGGGGGGGGGGGGGAGAGGACAUGGCUUAAAAUAAAUAUCACCAACAUAAUUUGUGCCUUGUUUUCUUUAAAUAACUCAUAUUUUGUGUUCACAAGAUGGCAUUAUUAUUCGGAGUAUUCUUUCGUAUAUUGAUCAGACUAGUUAAGUCGUCGCUUAUUGCAAGGCCGUGGGAAGCUUGAGCCACCCCUCCCCCCAAUAAUUUCCAUUUGUAUAAACAAAACACAGAAAAGAACUAGGAAUGUGCGAGAGCAAUUCAGAUUUAUUCAUAUUUAUUUUUGAGCCCCCUCAAUAUUGAUUUACUUGCGACGGCCUUGUAUUGGUCCAGUAUUAAUUAAUCGGGAGAAAAUCGGAUUACCUGAAGUUUUCUUCUGGUUCUUCAGUUCCCUCCUAACAAAGGAUGACGCUUACUGCACUUCUCAAGUGAACAUUUUGGAACUGCAGCUGUUUCGUCUCAAUAGCUUACACCUGCCAUUUAGCUUCUUGCCAUCCUUAGUUACUAACUAUUGUUCAAAAUGCAGAAGAAUAAUUUCAGAUCUUCCAGAGAAUUUCAGGGUAAUUUCAGAGAAUUUUAAACCUUAUUUAGUUCAAUGAUAUUUACCUACAACUACAUACUACUUGGAGGUAUUUUUGUAAAUUUUAUACAUUUAUUCUCAUCGUGUACAGGUGACGGUGUCCUAAACUUUACGGAGUUUAUUGAUUUGAUGGUAAAUGAUAGAGCAGAUAUUGAUGUAGAUCUGGAACUUAUUGAAGCUUUUCAUUCUUUUGAUACUGAGGACACAGGUAUGCUCAAUGCUCGAUUGUCUAAGUUUUUGAACCGAAGAUAUAUUUGCAUUAACAACAUGAAGCAAGCUUCGGAUUGAUAGGAAUGCAACUAGAUGAAAAAUACAACGAGAACCUCAAGUUAAUGCAAGCAGAACCGCCAGUUCUCCUUGUAUUUUUCAGGUAGUUGUAUCCCUAUCAAUCCAAAGCUUCCUUAUUAUUGCCACUACCAAACUGGUACAUGCAGUUCAAGAUAUAUUAACGACAACAUGGCUUUACUUCAAAGGUUUGAUCGAUUCAGCUGACUUGCGUGAGGCAUUCCUCCGUAUGGAUGAAGCACAGGCAGAUGUCGAGGAUAUUAUCGAUGCAACGAAUGUCCGAGUUGACAGAAAAAUCACAUAUGAUGGUAUGUACAAAAUGACUGGGUUAAUAUUAGUAAAUGGCCAUUUUUAAGCCCUGGGCAAACUAGGAAACAUUGUGGCGGAAACAUUGUUUCCUGCCAAUGUUUCGCCAUGUCAGUCCCAGAGUGGGCAAACACAAGGAAACAUUAGUGAGAAACAUCAAAUGUUUCUGUAUUUGGUAGGAAACAUUUUUGCUUCCCGGGAAGCAAAUUUUGUUUCCGCAACAAUGUUUCCACGGGUGGGCAAACAUGGAAACAUUUGAGGAAACAUCGAGAAUCACAAAUGUUUCCGCAACAAUGUUUCCUAGUUUGCCCAGGGCUUUAUAUUACAUGGACCGGUUGUUCAAAAAUCGGUUAGCUUAUUAACCCUAGGUAAACCUAAAAUUCAAAGCAAACUUUCCAACAGCUUGUCUAUAAACUUGGAAAUAUUUCUUCAGAAAUCUUGUGUGGAUCAAUGAGUUUUUUUCUGAAGUUUUGAAACAAACAGAUCUGCAGAAAUACAGCAACUAAAACAGCAGCUUUGAACAACCGGCCCCCAGACGUUAAUCCGAAGACGUUAUUGUCGCCUGAAGAUAUCGUCUAAUUAACCAUAUUUACACAAAAUAUUAAUGUCGUCUUGUUUGCCCCGUUGUCUUUUCUAAAUCUGUCUAUAUAAUAUUGUCUCUAGUGUAAAAUAGGCCAAUAUUACAUAGUCACUGCAAAUAUACUCUUCAAUGAUGUUUUGGUAUCUUUUUGUAGAAUUCGUUGCAUUGACUGUUAUACAAAAGUAGUUUGAGAAUUUUCAAAAAUUCUUCCACCGACAUUUAAUUAAUUGAAGAAAAAGGAAUACUAGAGUCUCAUUUUUGAAACUUUUUUUGUGCUCUUCAAACAAAAGUCAUGGAUCAAAUGAAAUCGUGUGUAGUCACCUGUAAGUUUGAAACGCACUGGGUAUAUAUGUUUAAAACGCCUGCUGCUAUAAGAAUGUUUAUUUUGAGAUUCUGAAUGUAAACUUACUCAAUCUUGGACAUAACCGCUUGAGGCUAUGUUUCCCUCUGUGCAAAAUUCGCAAACGCCUUAUAAUAAAUUCCAUGUUAAAUCAUGUUGCGCUUCGCUCCCCAACUGAAUGUUGAGCUUGUUUGAUGGUAAAUUAUUAAAAGUUGUUUCGGCGCUGUUUACAACAUAUUGAACUGGUGGACAGGGGGUGACGAAGUUUGUUUUGUCAAUCUGCAAUAACUUUGUAAUAUUGGCUGGAACGGUCUCAAGGAUAAUGUCCAAGAUUGCUCAUACUUCCAUAAGAUACUUCAAUUAAUAAGUGAAAUAUUACAUAAAUAUUGGAACAAACGGGUUUUUAUAAUCGGAUAUAAUUAAUACAACAACACUUAUCAUCAGUUAACUAAUACAAUUGAUUAUUAAUAUGUAAUAAUAAAUAAUUAAGUGAAAACUCUUGAAUUAUUUUCAUUAAAACAGUAUGCUAUAGCCUAUACUAUUGUUUUCAACAAAUUUAUCCAGCCCCUACAAUGGGCUUUUUGUUUGCUAAAGUUGUUUUUUGAUAUACAAUAUGCAAUAUUCUUGUGUGUUACAGCAUGUUUCAAGUCAUGGAUAAACUGUGAAACAUUUUUGCAGAAACAUUUGACCAUUUCAACGUUUUCUUGAAUAACGGCCUUGCUUGCCCACCCUUGAAACAUCCCAUCAAGAGAAAAUGUUUUGCAAUAAAUUAGAAACUUCUUAAUUAGCCACUAAUUAGCAUGCUAAUUAAAUUACACAUCACUGCUUUGCAGAACAAGUAUGUCAGUAUAGAUCUAUAAACUUGAAGAGACCAAAGGGUAUUCAAAUUGCUUUGUACUUUAAUUUUUGUUCUCUUUUAGUAAUAAAGAGUGGCUGCAAUGGUUGUAUUUGAACUAUCUGAAGAGUAGAAACACUUUGGCAUUUCGUAGGGAUGUGCUGGAUUCGGAUACCGGUAUCGAGCAAAAUACUGUAUAGACAUCCGGCACUAUCUGGUAAAAAUUUGCCUGAAUUUACCAGAUAGUACUAGAACUUAUAUUUUAAGUUUUCUUGUGAUGUAAACUGCUCUCUGCUGUGUAUUGUCCUACAUACUAAACAGACAAUGGACUAUUUUAUGACAAAAAGUUAGUGACAAAUUGUCCAGGUACCACCAUCAGGUAAUUAUCUGGUAGACCAUAUCCAGUACCAUAAACAUGUGGCAUAUCCCUAGCAUUUCAAGCGAAACGUCAAAGUGUCUGUCAUGUUUUUCAGGUAGUUGAGGCACCAACCAUGGUAGCCUUUUGGAAAGUAUUUCUAAAUUGCAACCAGAAAGGUACAUUAUAAAUGUCUACAUAGUAUACUGUAUAUGUGAAGUUUUAUUCUACAUUUUAUACAGAAUAUUAACAGCAUGCAGUGAGAUAUUGAGGCAAGUUUUCCAGAAGUUCAAUAAUUACAGUUAGGUCCAUAUUGCCAUUCGAAACUUUCUGCUGUUGUUUAAACAUCGACAACCAUUUUUUUAUGUACAUCCAAAUUACCGACCAUCUGAAAGAC